CAUAGAGUCCGCUCCCUGGCCUGUAGGCGACGCUGUUUUACGCACUGCAAUCCAAACCAAACCCUGUGUGAAGUGGAAGUUUUUCUGAUUUCCACGUUUAGUAAUCUGACACCCAGACUCUGAGCAGAAGGAUGGACCCUUAACUCGGCUGGGAGGACGGAAGGAAGGAGCAGUCACCCAGCGAGCAUAAACGAGCAGAAGCGAAACGCUGUACGCAAAAAACAGCCCCAGCAGCGGAGAAGAUCUGGGUGCCAGCGCGUCUCCAGUUAACUGUCCGUCUCACUCAAAUGAUCUCAAGGCGACAAGUUUCACUUUCCACAUGCGAAUGGGUGACUUUCCGCAGCGCUUUGUGAGGAGAAGAGGAUGAAGAAUUUCAACAGCAGUGCCCUUCACAGCCAUAGCCAGUCUACCAACCACAUUAGAGAGCGAAACAGCAGAAAGUACAGCUUACUCUCUGUUUUACCGUUGCGAUUUUCUCUCCGAGGUUAUGGGUUCUGCAUGGCUACGCUGUUUCUCUUCUGUUUCGGCUCCCUAUUUUACCAGCUGAACGGAGGACCUCCUAAAAUCCUGCUAGACAUCAGACAGUAUCUCGGUGGAUCCACGUAUCUGGAUGAUCACGGACAGCCUGCUCCAAGAGUACUCCCGUUCCCAAGCCAGGUGAUUUAUAAUCGGGUGGGAAAGUGCGGCAGCCGGACGGUGGUCAUCUUACUGAGGUUACUCGCUGAGAAACACCAGUUCAACCUGGUCUCCUCUGACAUCCACAACAAAACACGCCUCACUAAGCAUGAACAGGUGGAUCUAAUGAAAAAUAUCAGCAGUAUUCCUCAGCCAUUCCUUUAUACCAGACAUGUUCACUUCCUCAACUUUACAAGGUUCAAGAUAGAGCAGCCUGUGUAUAUCAACAUAAUCCGGGAUCCCAUCAAUCGCUUCCUCUCCAACUAUUUCUUCCGUCGCUUUGGUGACUGGAGGGGCGAGCAGAACCACCUAAUCCGAACUCCAGGGAUGAAAGAUGAUGAGAGAUACCUGGACAUCAAUGUUUGCAUCCUAGAGAAUUACCCUGAGUGCUCCAACCCAAGGGUUUUCUACAUCAUCCCCUACUUCUGUGGACAGCAUCCUCAGUGCAGAGAGCCAGGAGUAUGGGCUUUGGAGAGGGCCAAACAGAAUGUGCUGGAGAACUACCUCCUUGUGGGGAUAUUGGAGGAGCUGGAGGACGUUUUGCUCCUGCUAGAGAGGCUCUUACCUCAUUACUUUACUGGAGUACUCAACAUCUACAAGAGCCCUGAUUAUAAGAAAAUGGGAAACAUGACGGGCACUGUGCGCAAACAAACCCCCACUUUAGAGGCCCUGCAGGUGCUGUAUCACCGCAUGCGCUAUGAGUACGAGUUUUACAACUUCGUCCGUGACCAGUUCCACCUCACAAAGAAAAAAAUCGGCCUGAAGUCUGUUUCCAAACCCCCCGCCUAUUCAAAUGAUUUCCUGCAGCAACUGGCCCUUCGAACCCCAGAGCCUCUGGAUGAAGACGAGGAGCUGGAAACGGAUCUGGAGGAUGCAAAUAGCUGGCUGGUUCAUCCCUAAGGGAUGCUCGAUGAACGUUAGAUGCAGCCACGUAACGGCUGCUUAGCUAGGACUGGCUAAAGAAAACUGUACCCUGAGGACAAAGGGGAGGAGUUUCAAUCUUUCAGCGUCACCCAGAGAAGUGAGGUGCAACUCCCAACCUGACAGGCUCAGCACUGAAGACUGUAGAGUUGAGAAACUGGAUGGACAAAAUGCUCUAUUUAUAAAUUGACCAAGGGCAAUGGGAAAUAAUAUUCAACUCAAUCUGCUUGACUCAAGUUUUCUUUUUUAUAAUUUGGGCUUGUUUUUGGGUUCGUGUAAAAACCAUACUGUCGCUGUCAUCUCCAGGAGAGAUUAGUGCAAGAUCUGAACAGCUAACUGUGAUUGGAAAUGUGCUAAAUGUUAUCGCCAGGUUGUUUACUAUAGGAGAGGAAUUAAAGGCAUUUCCCAAGACAGAUUACUACUUUAUGAGAGGUUUGAUGUCCUGAAAGCUGGAUGUUGUUGUGAAUUUUAAAGUGCCAUAAGCCUUUUAGGUAUAUUAGUCUUCCAGGACUGUUGUCAGACCUUAUUGAGGGUUCUGGGAUCUGUGUGGCAGAAAGUUCUGUGCACAGCUGGCAGAGUUGUGACAUAGUCAGUUCAUUUGUUUUAGUAUUGGUUUAUAACAUUUUGUGUAAUUUGUUAAAUACUAUUAGGUGUAAAUGAGGGUUAAACUGCGAGCACUCAAGUAUGAAUUCAGAGAAUUCCAAAAGUGUGCAUGAAUGAUUGAGUUUGACCAAACAAGCUGUGUAUUUUAGCAAAGAUUUAUUAUUUGGGACAGGCUAUAUGUUGAUACUGUAGAGUGAGUUAAAAGCCUUUAUGAAGCCUAAUUUGUAUUCCAAAGUCUAAAAGAUUGAGCUUGCCAAAUAGCAGUUUUUUUUGCAAAACUGUAUAAAUACACUGCACUUUGUGUGAGGUGACAUUUCCUUAACAUCUGCAGCAAAAUGAGGGAUUUGGUCACAACUGAAUGCUAAUUUGCCUGUCAUUUCAACUCGGAUUAUUUGCUGUUUAAGGGUUUUCUGUAUAUUAAUGUUAUCAUCAAAGUGUGUGAAGUGUUACCAAGCCCAGUUAAUACUUAUUUCUAAUUAUCCAGCAGCUCCACAGAGUGCAUGCUUUUUCAUCACAGAUGUUUAAAAAAAAUUAACCAUAAGCUAUUACGUGACUAGACAUUUCACUCUACCAUCUUAAUCUCUGUUCUGUGUAUCUUCAUCAUUAUGUUCCGUGUUUUGUCUUUUGCUAGUUUAAUUUAUUGUUUUCUAUUCAUUUGCAUUCCAUAUAAAAUUCUCAGGAAGAUAAAAAAAACAAUGUUUAACACUCAUAUUUUUUUUUUGUUGUUGUUGUUCCUGGUGGCUAUAAAACAAUUUUUGGCAUUUAAGGGUGUCUAGAAUGAACAAUGGACAAUGAAUCAACAACUAACAAAGACAUCAUUUAACAGUCUUCAAAAUAAAUGUCCUCUUACUAUUGCAGCUAUUGCCCCUGUUUUACUUAAAAAUGGUUUUGAUACAGAAAAAAACUUACUUUUUACAGACUUAUUAUGGUGACUCCAUUCGGAGAAUUGCUAACUAUAUGUAUAUAUAUAAUAUGUAUGCAUUUUUUGCUAGAACCUUUAAGAGAGGGCAUACACUCACUGACCACUUAAAAAAAGUGGCCCUUAAAGACAGAAAGGUAAUUAAGGGGACUUUGAGGCAUGUUAUUGGUGCCAUGAUGUUUUGGGAUUUUUCCCACACCCCCAUCUCUAAGGUUAACAGAGGACAGAAAAUGGAAAAUAUCCACUUGGCAGCAGUUCUCUGGGUGACAAUGCCAUGCUGAUGUCGGAGGUCAGAGGAGAAUGGCCAUACCACUUCAAGCUAAGUAACUGUGUAACUCAGGGCAUGAGUUACUAUACAUACCUAGCAUACAGCUAGGUAUGCACAAGAGUAUCUCUUCUGGCAUGUCAAAUCUUGAAGCAGAUGGCCUAAAGCAGCCAAAGACCACACCAGGUGCCGCUCCUUUAAGAACAGGAAACUGUGGCUACAAUUCAACAGAAUAUUAGAAGAAUGUUGACUGAUCUGAUGAGUCUUGAAUUCUGCUCAGACAUUUAUGGUAGAGAGUAAACAUCAUGAAAAGCAUCAUGAUCUAUACUGCCGUAUAUCAAUGGUUCAGGCCACAGAUGGUGUUUAAAUGGGGUGUGGGAUAUUUUCUUGCCGUGUUGUAGUAUCUGCUGGCCAGUGUUUAAAUGCCACAUCUUACUUGAGUAUUGUUACUAUGUCCACUGCUUUAUGAGCAUAAUGUGAAUGUGUGAAUAUUUCCAGCACUUUGUUGAAUAUAUGCCACAAAUAACUAAAGCUGUUCUGAACACAACAGACGCUCCAACCGAAUACUAGCAAGGUGCACUUAAUAAAGCGUAAAUAGUCAUCACUCAUUGUAAUACUCAAAGGUUUUUUUUAUUUAAAUCUUGAAAAAUUUGAGUGACAAAAUGUUUUUGUAAAUUUCCACAAACAUUCGUUACAUUUUCAGAAUUUUUGCACAUCGUCAACAACAGGAAAUAAUCACGUGCACGAAGCAGACCGAUAACAACAGUGAAGAAAAAGCAGAGUGUCCGUGUGCAUGCAUGCUGUGAGGACAUAAAUCUGUUUACACAGUCACAUUACGAGUACUCAUCUCCCUUUAAGCAAUUUUAAGUUGAAGCCUCGCUUUAAGGUUAAGGAAAAGGUUAGCUUUAGGUUAUGGUCUGGGAAUAAGCAGCUAUUAUAUGGAUGACUCUCCAGGAAAUGAUUAUCAGCCAAAGCAAGAUCCUCUGAUUUGAAAACAAGACUGUGUGUGCAUGAAUCUAAAAUAACCAAAAAUGAGGCCAAUCGGUAGCAAUUCUCAGAAA